AAACAACAGCAGAGCCGACCACACCUGGAUCUGAUAUUACUACUUCACUACCAUUAGAUAAAACGACCACAAUAGAAACAACAGCAGAGCCGACCACACCUGGAUCUGAUAUUACUACUUCACUACCAUUAAAUGAAACAACCACAAUAGAAACAACAGCAGAGCCGACCACACCUGGAUCUGAUAUUACUACUUCACUACCAUUAAAUGAAACAACCACAAUAGAAACAACAGCAGAGCCGACCACACCUGGAUCUGAUAUUACUACUUCACUACCAUUAAAUGAAACAACCACAAUAGAAACAACAGCAGAGCCGACCACACCUGGAUCUGAUAUUACUACUUCACUACCAUUAAAUGAAACAACCACAAUAGAAACAACAGCAGAGCCGACCACACCUGGAUCUGAUAUUACUACUUCACUACCAUUAAAUGAAACUAACACAAUAGAAACAACAGCAGAGCCGACCACACCUGGAUCUGAUAUUACUACUUCACUACCAUUAAAUGAAACAACCACAAUAGAAUCAACUGUUGUCCCAACCACUACCUUAAGCCCAGUUGAAACUACCCAACCAGCAUCAUGUCUAUCAACAUGUGAUGGUUGUGAUGGUCCAUGUAGCCGACCCUCCUCAACAGCUGAAUGUGUUUGUCAAUGUAUUGCUGGAUACAUACCUAAGACACCGUCAGCACUUGGAUGUCAACCAGUUGUCUGUGAUACGGAGACAUUACUCUACCCCUUUGACAACUCUACUAAUGUGACCUUCCCAGCUACACAAGCAGGUUUUACUGCUAUCUCUAACAACAAGUGCCCGGUUAAUUCAUCAAAUGUUGGAAAACCAUACGGCAACAGAAAAUGUUCUUUAAAUGGAACCUGGGUAGUCCCAACGUGGCUAACAUCCUGUGAUAAUGGAGUCGAGGAGAUCUUGAAUGGACUUCAAACAAAUUCAAUAGAAACUCAUGAGCAGCGCCAACAAGUGGCGAACGAUCUUGAAGUCAUCACAUCAGUUUCAGCGGAUCUUACAACAACGGAUGUCACUCAGACAUCUCAAGCUCUGACAGAGAUUGUCAACACAACUACACUUACUCCAGAGACAUCGAGUUCCGUUGUAGCAACUGUUGGAAAUUUACUUGAAGUUCCUGAAGAUCAAUUACAAGAGAGCGGUCAAACCCAAGAGAUCCUGGCAACAUUGGAUUUAGUUGGUGAGAAGGUGGAAGUGGCUGAGGGAGAGGAAUAUACAGAAGUAAGCGGCAGUGUUGCCAUUGCUGUUGUACAUCCUACUCAAGAUGACGCAAACAGGGGUAUAGGAUAUGGAGUAACAAAUUUAUCGAUUAAAAAUCUGAAAGGAUUCAGAUCUGACCAACUCGCAACAUUUUUUGAGAAGCCUCAUUCAAACAUGACUUCAUACAUUACUGUACCUGGCUCUGCAACAAAUGAUCUAGCAGAUCGAAGAAUCAGUUUUUUGGCUUUUCCUGAUGACAAAUUGUUCCGUUCCAAUUCUCCGAGUACAUUUACUACGUUUAACAAUGUCACUGUUAAUUCUGAUGCUGUGUUGUCGGCUACUGUGGUCAAUGCAAGUGGACCUUUGAAUAACCUUGAUCCACCUGUUGAAUUGGGUUUUAGUAUCACUGAGGGUUUGAUUGCAGGUAGAAGUGUUUGUGUUUAUUGGGAUGAAGUGACACUUACUUGGUCAGAUGUGGGUUCUGUAAUGACCAAUUCCUCAAACACCACGUUGACUUGUACAUUUAACCAUCUCACCAACUUUGCAACUUUGUUUUUGCCUGGAGAUGAUACCAGCAUCAGUAAUUCACAUGUUCUUGAUAUCUUGACUGUGGUUGGUUGUUCCAUCUCCGGUGCCUCUUGUCUCCUCCUCAUUCUCAUCUUCAUCUUUGUUCCAAAAACCAGAACAAAGGGUCGUAAAAGAGCGGCCGUUCUUCUUCUUAAUCUCGCGAUCGCAAUCCUUCUUCUUGAUAUUUUCCUCAUUGUGAGCGAGCAAGAGAUUGUGACAUCAUCGAUGACAUCAUGCCUUGCUGUGUCAGUGCUUACCUACUUCUCCAUGAUGAGUGUUUUCACUUGGAUGAUGGUGGAAGGUUUCAGCAUUGCUUCUGUUAUUAUGCUUCCAUUUAAAACUCGAGGAAAGUUAUUUGGUAACUGGUUCAUGAUUGCUUCAUGUUUGUGGGGUUGGUUGCUACCAGCGUUGGUUAUCAUGUUCACCACAAUCUUUAACAUUGAUAUGUACAAGAGAACAGAUGGAGAGUGUUACAUUCAACCAGGCCUGGUGUUGUAUGCUGUUCUUAUACCAGCAGGCAUAACACUUGGUGUAAAUCUGAUGUUGUAUGUCUUCCUAACUUAUAAAGUGACUUGUGCAAAACGACCUGUGUCAAUGGCUGGCAAGUCGAAAGGUUUACAAAAGAAUUUGCUUUUCUCGUUAACUUUGUUCGUCACGCUUGGAUUAACAUGGAUCUUUGGUUUCGUCAUCAUUCCAGGAAAUGGGGAUGCAAGUUUUGCUUUCUCCGUUUUAUUCACUGUGUUCAACUCAUUACAAGGUUUCUUCCUGUUCUUGCUAUAUGUGGUUCGUCAGAAGUUUACUCGGUCGGCUAUAUCUGAACAAGUCCGAAAAAUCUCAGCAUUCGUAAUUCCCACCACGUGGUCGACCAGCAGAACCUCAAGACCUAACGUCUCAUAUUCAACAACAUUUUAUGAAAAUGAUGGUUUUGAUGAUGAGAUCAGAAACUGGAGAAGCGAGACAUCCGUUAUACAAAGUUCUCACUAAAUGAGCUGUUCACUAAAUAAAAUGUAUAUGUGUUACACUGUUACAUUAUAUGCACUGUUUGAUCAACGAUUUGUAACAUUUUUUGAACUUUUAAUGACAUUGUGUAAAGUCACAUAAAGCUGUCUAGGAAUUGUUGCUACAAAGGUUUCUUGCAAUAAAAGAUAGGCUACAUUAAAACUCACCCAGAAAUAAAUGCAAAGCAGUCAAUUUGACAGACAAACAAGAAUAUGGUGCACUAUCACUAAACAUUCAAAUUAAUUUUCUUGUUGCCGAUUUUCUUACUUAUUUUUUACUGUGUUAUUUAAUUUGUGGCAAUAAUUCUCCCGAACAUUAAUAUCCUAAUUCUUUUCAUAUUGUCAGAAACCCGAUUUGUUGUUUAGUCUUGUUUUUUUAACGGGGUCAGUCGACCGUGACAGUAGUAAAACCGUCGAAUAAAAUUAGACAAAUUACAAUACGUGCUUACUCGUUGGAGCUAAGCGCUCAUGUUG